AUGCGGUUCACCAACCCAGCUGCGGUCGCAGCAGUCAUUCCCUUCGCCGCCCGUCUGGUGGAUGCGGCGCCAUCAAAGAUGGAAAUCGCUACCCUGGGCGGUGCGGCCUUUCGGAUCGAGCAGGUCCCCAACCCUGAUUUCUACUACGGGUCGCGACGAGGGCCCAUCGCUUUGGCCAGAGCCUACUCUAAGUUCGGACAGCAGAUCCCGGACGAUCUUCUCUCGCUCAUCGACCAGAUUCUCGACGACCUCGGGCUUUUGAAGGGGGGUAAAGGUGUACACAAGGGAGGUAAAGGGGAAGGAAAGGGCAAAGGAAAAGGGAAGGGCAAAGGAGGCAAAGGGGGUCAAGAUGCGGGAGCCGGAGGCUCGAAAGGCAACGGUACGGCCGCGGCACCUGGGGGAGGUGGGGGAAGUAAGGGGAAUGGAACGAAGACCCCUCCCAGUGGGGAGGUCGCGGCGAUCCCAGCCGAGUUCGACAGCCAGUAUCUCUGUCCCGUGCAGAUCGGCACCCCGCCUCAGACGCUGAACCUCAACUUCGACACCGGGUCGUCGGACCUUUGGGUCUUCAGCAGCGAGACGCCGAUAACCCAGGUGGCAGGGCAAGCCAUAUACAACAUCAGCGCAAGCUCGAGCGCCAAGAACCUGCAGGGGGCGUCGUGGUCCAUCUCCUACGGGGACGGUAGCUCGUCGCGGGGCAACGUCUACAUGGACACCGUCACCAUUGGAGGUGUGACCGUCGAGAACCAGGCCGUUGAGUCGGCGAACCAGGUCUCGGCGUCAUUCUCGAGGAACAAGAACCAGUCUGGGCUGGUCGGCCUUGCCUUUGGCAACAUCAACACCGUGCAGCCUGCGAAGCAGAAGACCUUCUUCGAGAACGCCAUGAACAAUCUCGCGAUGCCUCUUUUCACGGCAAACCUCAAAAAGGCGGCAGCCGGUAACUACAACUUCGGCUUCCUGGAUCCCACCGAGUUCACAGGGGAAAUCAGUUUUGUCCCUGCCAACACGACAGCCGGCUUCUGGCAAUUCACCGCACAGGGCUUCGCCGUCGGCUCCAACGGCAGCGCGCCGACGUCGGCACCGCACGAGGCCAUUGCCGACACAGGCACAACGCUGAUGCUUCUGCCCGACGCUAUCGUGUCGGCGUAUUACCAGCGCAUCGCCAGCGCAAAGUUCGACUCGACCAACGGCGGCUUCGUGUUCAACUGCGGGGACAAGAUUCCCUCCUUCACUGUCGACCUGGGGACUUACAAGGCCGUUGUCCCUGGGGAAUUUAUGAAGUUUGCGCCGGUGGACGGGGAGACGAUUGAGACGUCGACUACGUGCUUUGGCGGGAUCCAGAGCGCUGCGGCGCUGCCGUUUGCCAUCUACGGGGAUGUGUUUCUCAAGUCGCAAUAUGUCGUAUUCCACGGGGGGAAUAGUCAGCUGGGGUUUGCGAAUAAACCUUUGUAA